CAGACCAGUAGCAUUCUUUUCUCGCACCCUCCAAGGCUCUGAAAUUCGGCACUCCGCGGUGGAGAAAGAAGCCCAGGCCAUAGUGGAGGCUGUUAGGCACUGGAGGCACUAUCUUGCUGGCAAAAGAUUCACUGUGCUGACCGACCAGCGCUCGGUUGCGUUCCUGUUCAGCAACCAACAGCGGGGCAAGAUCAAAAAUGAUAAGAUUUUGCGGUGGAGGAUAGAACUCUCCACCUACACCUAUGAUAUCCUGUACCGGCCUGGCAGACUCAAUGAGCCCCCUGAUGCCCUAUCCCGGGGAACAUGUGCUAGCACACAGCUCGACCAGCUGUACGCCCUUCAUGCACAACUUUGCCAUCCGGGGGUCACCCGAUUUUACCAUUUUGUGAAAGCUCGGAACCUGCCGUACUCCCUGGAGGACAUCAGGACGAUGACCAGGGACUGCCAAAUUUGUGCCGAGUGCAAACCGCACUUCUACUGUCCUGACACGGCACAACUUGUCAAGGCCACCCGCCCUUUUGAACGCCUGAGUGUUGACUUUAAGGGCCCCCUUCCCUCCACUGACCGCAAUGUCUAUUUUCUCAGUGUUAUUGACAAGUUCUCACGGUUCCCCUUUGCCAUCCCCUGCCCCGACACCACUGCCACGUCCGUCAUAAAAGCCCUGCGCCAGCUCUUCACUCUGUUCGGGUAUCCCUGCUAUAUCCACAGUGAUAGAGGGUCCUCCUUUAUGAGUGAGGAGCUGCGCCAGUACUUGCUAGCUAGGGGCAUUGCUACCAGUCGGACCACGAGUUAUAAUCCCCGGGGUAAUGGCCAGGUAGAGCGGGAGAAUGCCACAGUGUGGAAGGCCACACUUUUAGCCCUUAAGUCCAAAGGGUUGCCGGUCUCUCGGAGCCAACUCUUAGCAAUGGCAGUAACCAGGAUGAAAUUCACCAUCGUCUUCAAUGUGUGA